AUGCCUCGAGGAAAAGCUUGGUCGGACAAGGAAGACGCCGCCCUGUGCACGGCGUGGUGCGCUACGUCGCAGAACCCAAUCGCAGGGGCCGAUCAGAAGGCGGACAACCUUUGGACGCUAAUCUUGCAGUCAUACCGUACGAUAGUACCAGGAAGCAAGCGCUCUCUCAUCGCCUUGAAAAACCGAUGGUCAGACAUCAAUCGAGAGGUGAGCCGGCUUGUUGGUUGUUUGGUUGUUGUUGUUGGGCAAAACGAAAGUGGGAAAACAGAAGAAGACAGAUUUGAAGACGCUCUGAAGUUAUACGAGGCUCGUCAAGGAGAGGAGUUUUCUUUUGCUGCUGCAUACGAAGUACUUAAGGACAAACCGAAGUGGACGGCGAGUGUGAACAAGAAGCGACCUGCUGAUGGAAAUGCUGCUGAAACGAGGGAUACCAAGCGUCCCCAAGGUGCAAAAGCAGCGAUCCAAUCGCUGAAGGAGGGGAAACUGCUUGAGAUGCAGUACGCUGCGUCUAGGUCGAUCGCAAGAUCAAUGGAGCGCAAGAACGACAUUUUGAGCGAGUGGGCAAGCAUCGAACUCUUCAACAUGCCUGAUGCUGACCCUGAUCAACGCGCUCAGUUUUUCAAAAUUCUGCGUCAAAAGAAACUCUCCGAAAUGAUAAAAAAAAUCGCGGAGUCGAAGCAGAGCGACGACGAGACGAGUGAAACCUACCAGGUUUCUGCUGCUGAAACUGAGAUCCCGAUGGGGUUCAAUCAGGAGUCAAGUGGCGUUGCGAGUGAAUCCCAAGAAGAAAACAUUGUUGAGAUUGCAGAUUUGUGACCAGAGUUUGAUGAAGCCAGUGUAUUUUUUUAUAAUGCAUUGCCUUUAUUUUCCC